CAGGAUUUCGAGAGAGAGCAUCUUUUCGAGGUUACGUUUUUGAAGGUGUGGUUCAUAACGUGUUACAAAAUGGUGGCAGUUUCCGAAUUCGUGAACUGAAGGCGAGUAAUGAAGUACCUGAAGAAGAAACCACAUUGAAAUUGAGCCCCUCUAAUGGAUUAGAGAUUUUUUAUGAUAUCAAAGAGUUAACCAAGCCAAAAGUAUACUAUAUUCCAUACGCAAAAAAUUUUGCAGCUAUCGAUUCGAUUCAAUUAUUCGAUAAUGACCCUGAUCAUUUUUACCAGGCUACUGUAUCUGAUCACCACAAUGUGAAGAACUCAAUUCGCUCUGCCAUCCGCUCCAAUAAACAAAUUCAUUUCUAUUUCGUUGUGCCGAAGGAUGUCUUUCCACGUUUCAAGUAUAAUCAGAAUUUUCUUAACGACAAUGGUACACCAUAUCGCAACCGACCUGGAUGGUUGCGCACAAUCACACAAUUUGCCCUAGAAAUAGAUUGGGAUGCAUACGUUGCUUUGG